CCGUCCGCUCCGCGCCGAUGGAGAAAUCAAAGACAAAACCAAUCUUUAACUCUUUGGUGUUUUCGACGUUAUUUCUCUCCUUUGUUUGCUUCGCCGGACUGAUUCGCGUCGAGAUCGAGCUUCACGCUCAUCGACAAAUGCUUCAAGUCUUGAAUCAACCGACAGACGAGAAACUGGUGCUAAAGAAUACAGCAAACGACGAAAAGACGAACGAGAUGAAUAUUUUAUACUCAGAAAAAGAACUUCAAACUCGUCAAAGACGGCAAGUGAAAAAUACAGACGAGAGGUCAAACGCCAAUGUCAGCAUCGAUCGUGAGGCGAUCAGAAAAGAAGUGCGACUUGUUAUGAGCAGCCAGGCUUGUAGCGCCCAGUGCCCAAAAAGCAUCAGGGGAAGACGAGGGAGACCCGGUCAGAGAGGCCCCCCAGGAAAAAAUGGAUCACCUGGGCCAAAAGGAAUUCCGGGACCAGCUGGACCAAUAGGCCCCCCAGGUAAACACGGACCAUCUGGGCAACAAGGAAUAAUGGGCCCUAAGGGAAACCAUGGUCCUCAGGGCAUUCAGGGACCUCCCGGACCUAUUGGCCCUCCUGGAACCCUGAUGGCAAAGAAGGUGUGA